AAUCCAUCUAAUGGAUUGUUUUAUGUUUCAUUUAUCUCAGGUAUUUGUUGGAAAGCGGAAAGAGAGGUUCCGUUUUAAACCCGAUCAAAAGCAUCUGGCUGAGUGCUUCUGAGAGCCUUACUGACCGGAAGACCACAAGUUGAUGGAAUACGAUGGCAAAAAACUCCCUAGAAUCCAGUUUACCGGGUUUCAUUCUAACAAUUCUUGGGACGAGCUUGGAACCAAAGUAUCUGUGCCGGGAAUGCUGUCGUAUUUUAAGAAAACCUGUUCAGGCUCAGUGUGGCCAUCGCUUCUGCUGGUUCUGCUAUAACAACAUCACAAGCUCCGGCCCCCAGAGGUGCGCAGCCUGCCAACAGGAAGGGAUCUUCGAAGAGCCAGCGUCUAUUUUAGACACAAAUUCUGCUUUUCCAGAUAAUGCCGCUCGCAGGGAGAUUGAAAAUUUACCUGCAGUUUGCAACAACGAGGGCUGUUCAUGGAAAGGAUCCAUUAAAGAGUAUGAGACCAGCCAUGAGGGGAAGUGCGAGCGCUCGCUGGUUCAGUGCCAGGCCUGCCAGGAGAUGAUCCAGCUCAGUGAGAAGGAGCAGCACAGCGAGCGAGAGUGCCCAGAGAGGAACCUCAACUGCAGGUACUGCAAACUGAGCUUCAGCUUCAAGCACAUCAAGGCUCAUGAUGAAAUCUGUCAGAAAUUUCCACUGCAAUGCGAAGGAUGUGGAAAGAAGAAAAUCCUACGAGAAAAGUUUGCAGAUCAUGCAAGAUCCUGCAGCAAAUAUAAAAGCUCGUGCAGAUUCAGUGCCGUGGGAUGCAAUGUCAUUGUGGAGAAUGAGAAGAUGCUGCAUCACGAGCAGGGCAGCAUGGCGGAGCACCUGCGCAUGCUGCUGGCUGCAGUGCAGAGCCUGCGAGAGAGGGAGGGGCAGCCACGCAGCCUGCAGGUGCCCCACAGCAAGGCGCAGGAGCUGGGCAGCUCAAUCCGAGAGCUGGAGCAGCGGCUGGGCAGCCUGGGGCUGUACUGCUCCGCGGAGGAGGAGGAAGAGGAGGGAGGCGCCGCGGCCACUCUCCUCUCCCUCGCUGACAGACAGCUCAACGGGUACAGCGGCAAGGCCCAGGCCCUCCCCAAGCUGUGCGAGGCGCUGGCGCGGAAACUCUCCACCUUCGAGAACAUCGUGUGCGUUCUGAACCGCGAGGUGGAGAAGAGCUCACUGACGCUGGAGGCCUACAGCCAGCAGCAUCGCCUGGACCAGGAGAGCAUGGACUCCCUCACACACAAGGUCCGGCAGAUGGAGCGCUCUCUGGCGAUGAAGGACCUCGCCAUAGCCGAGCUGGAGCAGAAGUUCAAGGAGCAGGAGUUCAGCACGUACGACGGGAUCUUCAUCUGGAAGAUCGGGGACUUCACCCGGAAACGGCAGGAUGCCAGGGAGGGGCGCACCCCGGCCAUGUUCUCCCCAGGGUUCUACACCAGUAAGUACGGGUACAAGAUGUGCAUGCGUCUGUACCUGAACGGAGACGGGACGGGGCGCGGGACGCACCUCUCUCUCUUCUUCGUCGUGAUGAAAGGCAACAGCGACGCCUUGCUCAAGUGGCCCUUCAACCAGAAGGUCACUCUGAUGCUGCUGGACCAGAAUAACCGGGAGCACGUCAUCGACGCCUUCCGCCCCGACGUCACCUCCUCCUCCUUCCAGCGGCCGGUCAGCGAGAUGAACAUCGCCAGCGGCUGCCCGCUCUUCUGCCCGCUCGCCAAGCUGGAGGGCAAGAGCUCGUACCUGCGAGACGACACCAUCUUCAUCAAAGCCAUCGUCGACCUGACCGGGCUGUGAGCGGGGGGCGGGGA